AUGUCUGACUUGAUGCCGCCAGACGUCGUCGAGCUCAACGAGCAACUGGCUCUGUUCCAACACCGUACGCUCAAGUCGAACCUUGUGGUGGGCAUCCCUGCAGACGUCGUAGACAAGCUGGAGAAGGAAGACGUCAAGUGGCGGUACAACGGCAAACGCGGCACCAUCCAGAGCGGGAAUAUUUUUAAAUGGGACGAGUACUCUUUUCGGAGUGAAUCCAGUCACCUACUAUUCCACGGGAAAGCUUCGUGGCAAGCAGCGGAGGGCGCGGUGCACGGUGGCGGCGCUUGGGCGAUGGCCCCGCAGCUCGCGACCGGCUUCGUUCGUCGCUUGUUUAAGCUGUUCCAACACCGUACGCUCAAGUCGAACCUUGUGGUGGGCAUCCCUGCAGACGUCGUAGACAAGCUGGAGAAGGAAGACGUCAAGUGGCGGUACAACGGCAAACGCGGCACCAUCCAGAGCGGGAAUAUUUUUAAAUGGGACGAGUACUCUUUUCGGAGUGAAUCCAGUCACCUACUAUUCCACGGGAAAGCUUCGUGGCAAGCAGCGGAGGGCGCGGUGCACGGUGGCGGCGCUUGGGCGAUGGCCCCGCAGCGUACGUGCGUCUGA